AUGCGUGAUGAUUUGGGUACAGCGAAUGGUCCGUACAGAGUUGGUACACAGAGGUGUAAUGGCCUAUCUGAUCGCGAAGAACAGGGAGAUGUAAGGAUGCAGAAUCUUAAUGCCCUUUCUGAUUCAAGCGAUGAGGAUUUUGAUUUGGCUUUGCCGGGUUAUCAACGCGUAAAUCUACGAUUUCUUCGCCGUCGCUUAUCAAGGAGUGGAUCUGACUCAAGUGAACAGCAGAAUCAUCGCUUUGCGCAGACAUUCAGAAAUCCCACAGGCGAUUUUGCUGCAUCUUUUUACAGUGUCACUGCCGCUGUAUAUAGUAAACAGGGGGAUGGUAAGUAUAGUUACUUCUAUAUCUAUUGUCUGAUCGCGUUGAUCGAUAACCAAAUACGUCAUACACUAUGCCUUAUAACCGUGCAUAGUUAUACUGGAUGA